AUGUUGAAAAUUACAGAGUAUAGCUCGCGCGGGUAUCGCCUACGCUGGAAAACGCCCAAGACACUGACAGUCACCCUGUUCCUUUUCCUCAUCGCGUACCUCCUUUGGACCAGCCCCAUCUCGGUUUCGACAUCUCCAGAUCUCCUGCCUGAUGACCAGGCGCAGCUUGGACAUCAACUGUAUGCCCUCUUUGAGAAACAUAGACCGCAAUGUGAUUCCCCAAGAAUGCACAGUUCUGCCUACCAAUCUGGAACUAAGGGGAUUGUUUCGGCGGCCGGCGGUCGCUACCUACCUACCUUCGUGGUCACCCUGCGUAUACUGCGAAGAACAGGAUCCACCUUGCCUGUAGAGCUAUUCUUACGGGAUUAUCUUGAAUACGAGCCGACUCUGCUCCUAGCAGCAUACUAUAACUACUACGGGCCCUCGUUCUAUUACCCGCUCCUCGGCCAGGGCGGGCCUGGUGAAGGUGACAAGGACACGUUUCUCCAAGCUGCGACAGCUGUUGGGGAAAAUUUCUACACAGUCAGCGAGCCGGUAGCUGACUUGGGUCAUCCAGACGAGUCGGGCAGGGGAAUUAUCGGCGCUGCUAUGUUGCAGGCAGAUCCGAUAGAAGAUUAUGCGCUGACUAGCCAGGGUAAAUGGCGUGUUAAGGACCCUUCUGUGGCGGAGCCGGUUCGCGGAUUUUUUGUACAUGCGUACGGUCCAAAGUUUAACGCAGCAGAAGACAUCCUGGGGGAGAAGGCGCAUUACAAGGGAAAUCCGAGUCGGGUCUGGACGGCGGGCAAGGAUGCAUCAAUUUUAGCAGGAUAUGAUGCUGAAAAGGCAGCGUGGGAAGAAGCGAAGACUGUGGCAUGUACGUUGGAACAUGCGUUCGAUACGUGGAAGGACAAGUCGGGAGUUUGCGAGAGGAUGCGGAGACAUUGGGAGGCGGUUUUUGCACCAUAA